UCCUGUCCACAGCUCUGGACCUGGUGGACCUCAGUGAGCCGGGGGAGAGCAGCGGGGGCAGUGAUGGAGGAGGAGGAGGAGGAGGAGGGGUCUGUAAAAAGGAGCCGAGGAGGAGUCCUCUGAGGAGGAAGGGCAGCUCCAAGAGCCCCCGACGACGCACCAAACCUGACGAGACAGAGCUGAUCCAGGUGGAGGUGGAACACCUGCCGGCCAGUCCCAGGACACCUGAGAGGAUCUCCCUGGACUCAGUCAGUCUGUCGUCUCCACUAGACAAAUGGGACGAUGUGAACCUGGACAUGGAGGACGGAGGACGCAGGAGGUACGAGAAGAGAUGCACCUCCCACCACUCCUCCAGCGAACUGCUGUGGUCUGCAGACUUUAAAACUGACCCUCUGAAUAAGAACUCCUUCGACAUCCACAGCUUCGAUGACCUCGACUUCAUUUCCUCUUCACAGGACUGUGGGGUGUCCAGGCAGCGCAGACGGACUCGCUCCCUGCUGGCCAGAAAGGAGUCUCUGGAGGACGAGUUUGUCAGAGCCAAGGCAGCUGUAGAGUCGGACACUGAGUUCUGGGAUAAGAUGCAAGCGGAGUGGGAGGAGCUUGCUCGGAGGAACUGGCUGGAGGAGUCUGAUGGUCAGGGGCCGGCGCCGCCCUCCGUCUCACCUGUGGAGAAGGUGAGUUCAUACCUGCUCCUC